AUGACCUGUGUCUUCUUCAGACUUUUUCUACUUGUGGCCCUGGCAGCACCUUCCCAAGGCACACAUCACGGCCCCACAACUCGCCUGCGUUAUUCCAGGUUCCUAGAUCCUUCCAAUGUUGUUUUCCUGCGCUGGGACUUUGAUCUUCAGGCUGAGAUCAUCACUUUUGAACUCCAGGUCCGGACAGCUGGUUGGGUGGGCUUGGGCAUUACAAAUCGCUACACCAGCGUGGGAAGUGAUCUGGUUGUGGGAGGAGUCCUGCCUGACGGCAAUGUCUACUUCUCGGAUCAGCACCUUGUGGAUGAAGACACCCUAGAGGAGGACGGGAGCCAGGAUGCUGAGCUGCUGGGGCUAACAGAAGAUGCUGCCUACACCACAAUGCGCUUUUCCAGGCCCUUCCGCUCCUGUGACCCUCAUGAUCAAGACAUUACAAGUGAUACCAUGAGGGUCCUAGCUGCCUAUGGCCUAGAUGACACACUGAAGCUCAGCCGGAAGCGUGCUUUUGUCAAGUCCAUCUUCCUGCUACAAAUAACCUACCAUGAUGAUGAGGAUCUCCCGGAGGACACCAUGACCCAUGACUUGGAGAUCACUGAUUUCCUCAUUCCAGAGGAUGACACCACAUAUGCCUGUAUGUUUCUACCUCUCCCCAUUGUCAACAAGAAGCAUCACAUCUACAAGUUUGAGCCCAAGUUAGUAGACCACAAUGAGACAAUGGUGCAUCACAUCCUGGUGUACGCCUGUGGCAAUGCCAGUGUACUCCCUACAGGCAUCAGCGAAUGCUAUGGGUUUGACCCUGCCUUCUCCCUCUGCUCGCAGGUCAUCGUGGGCUGGGCUGUCGGGGGCCUUAGUUACCAGUUUCCAGAUGAGGCAGGCAUCUCUAUUGGAACCCCCUUGGACCCUCAGUGGAUCCGACUAGAGGUUCACUACAGCAAUUUUCACAACCUUCCUGGUGUGUAUGACUCCUCAGGAAUUCGUUUGUACUACACCUCUCACCUGCGCAAAUAUGACAUAGGAGUCCUCGAACUGGGCGUGUUGACUUUCCCCAUUCACUUCAUACCUCCGGGUGCUGAGUCCUUCAUGUCCUAUGGACUGUGUAAGACAGAGAAGUUCGAAGAGAUGAAUGGGGCCCCAAUAAGUGAUAUGCAAGUAGCAAGCUACUUGCUCCACACCCACUUGGCAGGGCAGGCCCUGAAGGCUGUACAAUACAGAAAUGGAAAACAACUCCGAACAAUCUGUAAAGAUGACUCCUAUGACUUCAGUCUACAGGAGACUCGAGACUUACCUCAUCCUGUGGAGAUCAAGCUGGGAGAUGAAUUGCUGAUAGAAUGUAGCUACCAGACUCUGGAUCGUGACUCCAUGACAUUUGGAGGUACCAGCACCAUUAAUGAGAUGUGCCUCAUCUUCCUCUUCUACUAUCCCCGAAAUAACAUCUCCAGCUGCCUGGGGUACCCUGACAUCAUCUCCGUGGCCCAUGAACUGGGGGAGGAGGCAUCAGAGAAUCCCAUGGAGAACCUGAUGAUCUUGAACAAUGUUGAGUGGACACAAGAGAAUAUUAAGAAGGCUGAGAAAGCCUGCAAGGAGUCCCUGCAGACAGUGAUGAUCAAGACCAUCAAUGAACUGAUAGAAAACACAACAGGCCGGAUUCCUGACAUCAUCCCUACCCCUCGGGGGCCCUGCUUGGAGUCCUCUGGAGGCAAAGUGGAGCCUCAGGACAAGAGCCCCGCAGGCUUCAGGGCUGAACCAAUGACCCUCAAUGGCUCCAGCACUGUGACCCUGGAGCACCUCCCCCUGGCUGCCAUCUUUUUGCUGCAGGGCACCCUCUCAUGGCUCCUUGCCACACUGCAGACUGCAGUGUGA